AUGUCUGCCCACACAACUGUAGACAUUGACCAGUCACUUCUUCUUCAUCCCCUCGGUGGAAUCGUCGACAUUGAAGAUGACGAUGAACCAGAAGACGAUGAUCAACCGUUGACAUCUGAUGACGACGAUAGUGAUGAUGACAGUAGUGAUGGUUACAUGUCUCAUCGUAGAAGUUUAUUUUCGUUUGGUCGAUCUGGUCGGUCUGAUCGGGAUGAGCAGCCGACUGAUGACAUAUCUGAUGGGUCCGGUACAGGGAUUUCUGCGACCCCUGAGACUCCCCAGGCCUCCAGUAGUUCACGGGCUAGAAGGCCCAGAGGCCCUACAGUUGCCCACAUCUGGGCCAACUCGACUAGGGAAGCACAUGGGAGGAUUGUCUUUCAGAGGAUGCCUAAUGGUACUUUGAUGGAGCCAGUGGGCCUGGCCAAAGCCUGCACUAAAGCAUUUAAGAUGGUGGAUAACCCAGGCGGGUACACUUGGAGGUUGACUCCCCCGGCUGUGAAGGAUUCGUACUUUGACGAAUUACAUAAAGAGUUUGCUUGGUCGCCUGAGGACGAGCUUCUGGUCAGGGCGAUGUGGAAACAGAAAGCCAACAAGAGGUACAGUGACAUGAUGAGCGACUACAAGAGGAAGCUUAGGGCUAGUACCGAUGAAGGUCGGGGGAUGGAUAGACCCCUCUGGAUGUCUGCCGAAUUUUGGACAGGACUCCAGGCAUACUGGAGUCAGGAGGCUGUUCAGGCCGUUUCCCAGCGAGCACGUGCGAACCGGAUGUCUGAGCCCGAUGGACCCGGUACAGGGAUUAGCAGGGACGUGGGAGGGUCUCAGUGCACUCGUAUCCUGCAGCAGAGUCUGAGCUUGGAGACUGGACUCCCCCCGGCUGCACAGAACUAUAGCACCUUCCUCCGCCUCCACAUGCGCGAGGAUGGAACUUUUCUAUCACCGAGGGAUGAGAGACUAGAUGCGGAGAUUCGUCGCAUUGCUGUUGAGACUGGGCGAGAGGACCGACUGCCUGAGAUCUACUUGGAGGUCGUACGGCCCGACAGGUCCCGGCUCUACGGCACUGGAAGUGCCGGUAGGAACCAGGUUAGUAGGGGGUCUACUCAAAGCACAUGCACUUCCAUGAUGUCUCAGCAGCUGUAUAAGACACGGAUCUCCACGCUGGAAGAGCGCCUUCAGGCCGAACAAGCAGCACGUGAGACCGAACGAGAGGCUUGUCGAGCAGAACGUGAGGCCCUCGAGCAGCGUAUGGCUCAAUUCGAGGAGUUCAUAAGGCGGUCGGAUCAGCUACCUUGAGCAGCACUUCAUGUUUUGGAACUAUUAAUUUCAUGUUUUGGACUAUUUAAUUCAUGUUUUGGAACUAUUUGUUUGAACUAUGUGUAGGAACAAAAUUACACUUGCACUUUCUUUUUACAUUUAUGUUAUGUUGAGCAACUAUUAAUUUCAUGUUUUCAAACAA